UAGCACGAGCCACAAAUCCCUCACACCAACGUUCUCCUCGGACAUAUCUAUCUAUUAUCUUCUUCCCCUUACAUGCAUGCAUACAUACUUUUCUUGUCCCCAACAUUUCCUCCAAUAUCCAAAUAUGCCUUCAUCAAUAUAUGAACUUGAUCAAUAAUUCUGAUACCCUUUGGUGAGAAACAAUUGGAAGGGUCCUAAAGAAUCAAACUUUUUCUCUGUCUUUGGUUGUGUUUAUUUGUUUGUUGUUGUGAUGGAACAGAAGCACGUGCUGUUGUCUGCAUUGACUGUUGGGGUUGGGUUGGGUGUUGGGUUGGGAUUGAGCUCAGGGCAGAAAUGGGUUGGAGGAGGGAGCCAUGACUCUGAUGAGCUUCCUGGGGAACAGAUUGUUCAGGAGCUCAAGAAGCAGAUCAUUGAUGGAAAGAACAGCAAGGUCACUUUUGACGAGUUCCCUUAUUACUUGAGUGAGAAAACUCGAGUUUUGUUGACAAGUGCUGGAUAUGUUCAUUUAAAACAACAACACUUCUCCAAACACAUGAGGAACCUUUCACCAGUAAGCAGAGCUAUUUUGCUCUCCGGACCUGCAGAAAUUUACCAGCAAAUGCUUGUCAAAGCUUUAGCACACUUUUUUGAUUCCAAGUUGCUGCUGCUAGAUAUUACUGAAUUCUCUUUGAAGAUGCAGAGCAAAUAUGGAUGCUCUAGAAGAGAAUCAUGUUUGAAAAGGUCCCUAUCCGAGGUAACUAUGGAGCGAAUGACUGGUUUAUUUAGUAACUUUUCACUCCUCCCGUCAGCAUGCGAAAGUAGAGGUACUGAAGGAAGAAGUUCUCAAGGUAGUCAUCGUCGACAUCGUAGUAGCGGACAAGAAAAUAGACAAAGUAGCGGUGGAAAUGAAAAUUUUAACAAUGCUUCAAAGCUCCGAAGGACUUCCUCUUCUUCAUCUGAUAUAACUACCUCCCUGUUUGGUCCAAAUGAUUCAGGUUCUUUGCAGCGAACAAACCAUGUUUCUUUUGAUGAAAAGCUAUUUGUGAAGUCACUUUACAAGGUCUUGGUUUCUGUCUCAGAAACUAGUGCCAUUGUUCUAUAUAUCAGGGAUGUUGAUAAGCUAUUCCUUCGAUUGCCGACGAUGUAUAGUAUGUUGCAAAGGCUAAUGAAGAAACUGACAGGGUCAGUGUUGAUACUUGGUUCCCAAGUGGUGGAUUCAGAUUGCUGUAAAGAAGUUGAUGAACGGCUAGGUAUAUUAUUUCCUUACAACAUUGAGAUCAAACCCCCUGAAGAUGAGACUCAAUCUGGCAACUGGAAAGCCCAACUGGAAGAGGACAUGAAAGUAUUUCAGUUUCAAGAUAACAGAAACCACAUUGCUGAAGUUCUAUCAACAAGUGGCAUCGAUUGUGAUGACUUGCAUUCAAUCUGCCACUCUGACACUAUGCUACUCAGUAACUACAUUGAGGAAGUCGUGGCAUCUGCAGUUUCCUAUCAUUUGAUGAAUACCAAGGAUCCACAAUACCGGAACGGAAAGCUAGUUGUAUCGGCUAAGAGUCUGUGUCAGGCGCUGAAUCUGUUCCAGGAAGGCAAAGUCAGUGGAAAGGAUAAUACAAAGACUAAUGAGACCAAGGAUGAUGCGGGAGAAGAUGGUAGUGGUGCAAAGAAUGAUACAAAGAGCGAUGCCCAAGCACCUGAAAAAAGCGAGGGAGAGAAAUCUAACCCAGUAACAAAGAAGGAUGGAGAGAAUAGCACUCCUGCAAAAGCAGCUGAACCUCCUCCGGACAAUGAGUUCGAGAAGCGAAUAAGACCAGAGGUGAUACCUGCAAAUGAGAUAGGGGUUACAUUUGGAGACAUUGGUGCAUUGGAUGAGAUUAAAGAAUCACUUCAAGAGGCGGUGAUGCUUCCCCUUAGAAGACCAGACCUCUUCAAAGGUGGCCUUCUAAAGCCUUGUAGAGGUAUAUUGCUUUUCGGGCCUCCUGGUACAGGAAAAACAAUGCUUGCAAAGGCGAUUGCAAAUGAAGCAGGUGCAAGUUUCAUUAAUGUGUCAAUGUCCACCAUAACUUCAAAGUGGUUUGGGGAAGAUGAGAAGAAUGUUCGAGCUUUGUUCACGCUUGCAGCAAAGGUUGCUCCAACUAUUAUUUUUGUUGACGAGGUUGAUAGCAUGCUUGGGCAGCGUAACAGAGCCGGAGAGCACGAGGCAAUGAGGAAGAUUAAAAAUGAAUUCAUGACUCAUUGGGACGGACUAUUGACAAAGCCUAGUGAGCAGAUUCUGGUUCUUGCUGCAACCAACAGGCCAUUUGAUCUCGAUGAGGCUAUUAUAAGACGGUUCGAGCGCAGGAUUAUGGUUGGUCUUCCAUCUGCUGAAAACCGGGAAGGCAUCUUGAAAACUCUUCUAAGCAAGGAAAAACAUGAAAAUAUAGACUUCAAAGAGGUUGCAGCUAUGACGGAAGGAUAUAGCGGGAGUGAUCUUAAGAAUUUGUGCAUGACAGCGGCUUAUCGGCCUGUUAGGGAGCUACUCAAGCAGGAGACCAUGAAGGAAGUGGAACGGAAGAAGAAAGCGGCACAAGGCCAAAUCUCAGAAGAUAUGUCCAAUGCUACAGAGGAUAAAAAAGGUCAAUCAGUUACCCUGAGGCCUUUGACCAUGGAAGACAUUAGAAAGGCAAAGAAUCAGGUGGCUGCAAGUUUUGCUGCAGAAGGAUCAAUAAUGAGCGAGCUGAAGCAGUGGAAUGAUUUGUAUGGAGAAGGAGGUUCAAGGAAGAAAGAGCAACUCACUUAUUUCCUAUAGAUAGUGGUAAAGCCAGUGAGUGCAUAACUUGGAAUAGGGGAAUACAAAUAACUCUUCAGCAUGAGAAAUUCAACUCAAAGAUGCUCAACUGUAGCAUCAAAUCAAGGAGCUAUUGGAGAAUAUAUAUGCAUCAAAUUUGGUAGAGGGUUCUCGGUUUGUGUGUGGGUUCUCUGCAAACCAGUGAUCAUUCACCACAUGUACUCUCUAGGGAUCUAUAUUCUGUGUCAUGCGGUGCCGUUUUUAAGUGUAGGAGCACCAUGUGCAUUAUGUAUGUAUUAACAAUGAAGAACAACGUUAUAUAGUAGUAUUUUGUACAUCAAUAAAUGCAUUUCAACCAAAUCCUAUCAUGUUAAAUUAAAUAGAAA